AUGUCAGAAUUCGUCCGCAGAGCAUCUGACGCGUUCCACCGUCGCCGAAGCUCAACCGACUCAACGGAUGUACCCAAAUCCCCUGAUGCCCCUAGCGCAGCAAAGCCUCCCGAGCAAGAGCCACUAAAUCAGAAGCCCGUGUCUACCCAGCCUGAAUCUCACGUGAAUGAGGCCUUCGCUGGUGUAGCAAAUGAGAAUGUUGCGCCUCCGAAGCAACACCGCCUUUGGGGAUGGCCACACCACCAGGGAAAGCAACCCGAAACAAAGCAGCAACCCGAAACAAAGCAGCAACCUAGCCAGAAACAAGAACCUAGCCAGAAGCAAGAAGAUCUUGACUGGGUUGUUGGCACGUAG